AUGUCAGAUUUCCUGUACAUCUUGCUGGGCAAAAGGAGCGAUAGCCACGAUCGCAUUCAGAAGUCAGUGUCCGAGCCGUUUUGGAUCAUGAGAAGAGAUUGCAAGUGCAUCCGUUUCGAAGAUGGAACGGCUGGCUUCGUCUGUACGGAGAUGGAAGGGAACUCCUUGAAUGUGAGCGUGACUCAGGACUUCACCUGCGCUUGGAGUGGAUCGGGAAGCCUUGAAGAUCUAAACAAGAUUGACAAACUGGACAUGAGGCAAGUCACAGACGAGGCCUUGCUGCGUAUUCCAUCCACUCGCACAUUCAUGUAUGCACUGGGGUGCUCAGAGAAAGAAUCAGCUGUCUUCAAGUGGAAACUGAGCCAGGGCAAUGUGAAAUUCAUAAUAGGGUCUCUCAAGCUCAAAAGUGUGAGUGAUUGUAAAGAUUUAUGUGUCACAAAUAGGACUACUAUG